AAUAUUUCCUCAACUUUGAAAUGUACAUAUAACCGUUUAGGACACUUAAGUUGUACAUUGUGCAACACUCAGAUUAAGAAUGAACUUUUGUGGCAAACUCACAUACUUGGGAAACAACACAAAGAGAAAUUUGCAGAGUUAAAAGGUGCUAAACAGACAGUCCCUGGGCCUGCAAUUAGUGCAUCAUCUUAUCCUGCCAAAAGAAAAGUUUCUGACACAGAAAAUGAAGAAAUAAAGAGAGCAAAAGGUUCAAAUGACCAGCCACAGGCUUCUGCAUCAGGGCUACCCACAGGUUUUUUUGACACAGCAGAGUCAAAGGGUCCAGGUCCCAGUUUACUGUCAGAAGGUGGUGGUGAUGAUGAUGAUGAUGUGGAUGACGAGGAAGAAAAAGACAGUACUAGCAAACUGUCUGGUGUACAAAAAACUGAAAUUCCACACCCAGCUCAAGAAACAGUCGCUAAUGCUUUACCAGCAGAUUUCUUUGACAACAAAACAACAGCUGCUCCCAUAGUCUCCCAUUCAGGAUCCAUUCAGAAAGCAGAAGUUCAAGAAAAGGUAGUGGAAAGAAAAGAAAACACUGCAGAAGCUUUACCAGAGGGAUUCUUUGAUGAUCCCGAAGUGGAUGCAAGGGUACGAAAGGUUGAUGCUCCCAAGGAUCAGAUGGACAAAGAGUGGGAUGAAUUUCAGAAGGCAAUGCGACAAGUCAACACGAUUUCAGAAGCGAUAGUUGCAGAAGAGGAUGAGGAGGGAAGAUUAGAUCGUCAGAUUGGAGAAAUUGAUGAGCAGAUUGAAUGUUACCGCCGUGUUGAGCUGCUGCGUAACCGCCAGGAUGUAAUGAAAGAUAAAUUUAAGGAAGCUAUGAGAUUAAGAGCAACCCAGGAAAAAAAGGAUGAGGAUAUUGGUAGUGAAGAUGAAGGAGAAUUGCAGGAUUUGCUCUCUCAAGAUUGGAGAGUGAAAGGGGCUUUGUUAUAGCAUUUCAGUGGCAUGCUCAAUCUUCUAUUGAUCUGUGGUAUUACUACAUCAGAAAUAAGACAUUUUUGUUAAAAUAUUUAUUUAUAAGAAGGAUCUUGCAGAUAGUAACAAGGUUAACUGUAAAAAGUGUAUCUCUGUAGGUCUAAAAUGGAGUAUUUUGUGUAAAGGUUGUACAUUGUAAAUGUUUUACAAGCUUUCAUAUAACUUUUGUAUUGAAAUUCUUAUUAUAAUUUCCUACUAAAAUUGUUUUAAUGAGCAAGUAAUUUUAUAGUUGAUUGACUGCCAGGAGUGUAACACAUACCAACCAAGUCAGUGCUUUGGGCUGUCUUGUGUUCUAGUUAGUACCAGCCAACAUGACGGUGUCUAUUGUGUCCUUUCCAGUAGGAAACUCUGUUUUCUCCAGGAUGUUUUAGAAGUUAGACGUAAAUACAAUAUGUCAGUUGUCCAAUGCAGGACCUGUUAGUUGCACUCUUUUGUAUGUAAAUGACCUAACACACCAGAAAUAUGGAGCAACAGACUGUGGGAAAGUUGUAAUACUCUGAUCUCCUGCCAUGCUACAGUGGAUAUGCAUGUUGCAGAAGAUUAUGCUGGACUCAGUCUGUUUUGAUUAAUAUAGUCACAAACUGGAAGCUGCCUGAAAAUUCUUGAGCAGAGUGAUAUAAGAAUAGUAACUUUAUAUUUUUUUUAUAGUGAAAUGGGUAUGAAACUUUAGGCACUGCAUUGGAAGCCCUGUUAGGUUUAUUUUAAAGUUGUUCUUCCAACACUAAUUUAUUUUAGUUGUAAAUAUUGGACGCUUUCAAAGGAGCCUAGGAAUACUAUUUACUUUCUUACAUUUGCAAAUGGUAAAUAAUAUUUUAAAACUUAAGAACCAGUGAACAGGAUAAAAUUGAGCUUUACAAACCCUUAAAGCCCUCAAAUUUCAGAAGCUCCUGCUAACUCAGUAAAAUCUGAAUGGAUUUUUCAGUUUAAUCCCAAAAAGUAGAAUUGUGGGUAAGUAUGGAUAUCAAGUAAUUGAAUAGUCAUGUAACCACAUGAAACCUUAGCGAACCUGAGCCGCCGCAGACAGGCAGCAGUGUGAGGGGGGGCAGGUGGCACUGCUGAGCUGGUGCUGGGGGGGAGCUGUCUUGAAAGAUGGCUCCCCACAUGUAUUGGCUCCAGCCUGCCCCCAAUCAGAGGUAGCAGCAUGGGGAGGAGUAGGUAGAUAACCUGGUGCUUAUGGAGAGUUUGCUUAAAGCCAGCUUCUCAUGGGCACUGGCUCCUGCUUGCCACCCCCCACCCCCUUCUG